AUGGGCAACCCCAAACUGAUCUUCGGCGCUGCGUCUUUCGGCAUGAACUUCGUCAGCCCAGAGGAAGUCCAGGAGAUCCUGAAUUUCUUGAAACAGAAUAGCAUCACCGACAUUGAUACGGCCGGCAGAUAUCCUCCCACCUCACCGGGUCGCUCCGAGGAAUUGUUGGGAGAGACGAAAGCCGCCAGCCAGGGUUUCACGAUCGACACCAAAAUUCUCACGCAGACUGCCAAUCAGGGGGGAGAUAUGGAGCGUAGGGCCGUUGAACGCUCGGUUGGAACUAGUCUGGAGCGUAUGAGAAUUGAACGGGUGAACACCUUAUACAUCCACUAUCCGGAUCUUUACACCCCGCUGGAAGAGCAGGCAAGGACCAUCAGCGACCUAUAUGCGGCCGGGAAAUUCAAGCAGUUCGGCGUCUCCAACUUCCAACCCGAUCUGCUGCAGAAAUUCCUCGGUAUUUGCGAGACCCAUAGCUAUGUCAAACCUACCGUCUAUCAAGGCGACUACAAUGCCGUAAAUCGCGGGAUGGAGAAGAAGCUUCUCCCUAUCCUCAGGGAGCAUGGAAUUACUUACAACGCCUUUCGCGUCCUUGCCUCCGGAUUUCUUUCCGGCAAAUUCACCCACGGAACAGCCGAAGAGACACGCUUUGGUGCGAAUAAUCCCCUAGGCCAGUUUAUGCAAGGACUCUAUGACCAAGAGGUACUGCACACAGCACUGCAAAGAUUAGAGAAUGCGACCGAGUCACUUGGGAUUACUACGAUAGACGCGGCACUGCGUUGGGCAUAUUAUCAUUCGGCACUCACAGAGAGUGACGGGAUAAUCCUGGGUGCGAGCUCGAUAAAACAGCUCAGAUCUAAUGUAGACAGCAUCCAGAGAGGCUCGCUGCCGGAGCAACUUCUCCCUAUUUUCGACGACAUAUGGAAGGGAUUGGAGCCAAGUAGAGGAGAUAUCAUUUGA